ACCAAACGUCGACGAAUAUCAAUACUAUUCACACGCGUCGAAUACCGUGUUCGCGUAUUACGACGGCAUUCGGGAUCAUUCGAGAGAAGUGAAAAACCCGAAGAUGGGCAGACAGCUACUGAACAACUUACUCUUCGCUGUGACUUGCCUGAACUUCGUGUUCGCAAACUCGACGGAAUUCAGUCAAAACCUCGAAGUUCCGGACACUGGGAGAAUCCUUUCUAGGCGAAAGAGAUACCUGAUAUUUCCACAGGGCAGCAACAUUCAGCUGGUCUACUGUCUGACUAUCGAGGCCUAUGGAAGGCCCGACGACUUGGUCCUGGGUCUGACAGCUGCCAUGGCCUGGGAGCUGCCAUCCUCGGUGGACGAGAAGGUGGUGGAUCUGCUGCACCGAAGGAGCCGCAGUGUCGUCUACCCGAAGAUAGAAGCAUUGCUGCAAUCGACCGGUCUAGACGGCCGUGCCUGCGUUCUAAAGGCACUCUGCGAGGCCGGAAAGAGGAAGAAAUCAAACGUCGGCCAGGGGACCUUCGUACAAGAAGUACUGCACGCCGCUUUCAGCUUGCCGAAAGACGGAUCGAAAUUUGACUCGGUGGAACACCAGAUUUAUGACUACGCUCACUCGACUCAAGGAGAUUGCGAGACGCUGUAUCCAACGUGCGAACAUUCCAUAUACAACGUUGAAUUUUGAACCCCAAAUUUAAUCGGUGACGGCCUGCUGACAGACGAAUUACGCAGUUCGUGCGAUGGAUCUGUAUUAUAAUGAAGAACUUGCCGCAAACUUUAUCGAACUAAUCACGAUGCAGAUAAUCAGACUGAUUUCAAUUCGUUAAUAUUGCCGGCAACUUGUUCAUUAGCUACGUCCUGCGCAAUACGAUUGUGUAUAACAUGCGCAGUGUUCGUUCAAGAUGAGAAAUUCCACGAGUCAGACAAAUCUAUAG